AUGGCAACACCAGAAGCAUCGAGAUUUGGCGUUAAGUUUCUUUCGCGUAAAGAACGAACAGUCAAGCGAGUAACCAAAUGUGAAAGCCGAGAACUUCAAAAACGCCUGGAACCACCAAAACCUGCCCCUGUGCGCCCAACUCCCAAACCGAAAGUAGCUAAGAAACUUGCGCGUCCAGCAACUCUCUCCAAGCCGGUCCGACCAGCACAUACUCGAUCAUCUCGUUCGACAACAUCGAAAACUCCGUCGAAACCAAAGACGGUCAACGUUGAUCCUCGUGCUCUGCAACUGACUGAUUUAGAAAAACUAGCACGUCUGAAUUGUUCUCGCGAAUUUAGUCUUUUUCAUCAAUGUAUCAAAUCGGAAUUAUCCAAAUCCUAUGAAAACCAGUUAGCAUUCCUCCAAACGAAAUUGCAGCAUUUGAAAAAUGAAUUCACCGACAAACAAGCUGAACACUUAAAUUUCGAACAGAUUAAAGAGUACUACAAUCAAGCUGUGGCGGAUAAUAUACGACGUAAAAUAAAGCCAGAUGAAUAUUUAACUUUAUCGAAUAAAUUUCGAGACGAUACAAAACAGGCUAUUGAAAAAUGGCUUCGAAAGAAAGAAUUAAAACGGCAAAAGCAAGUGCCAGAAUAUCUACAACGACGACAAGAACGUAAACGAGAUCAAAUUAGAGAAACAAUUGAAGAACAGAGAAAACAACAGUUAGCCAAAGAGAAUCAAAAUGGAACAGAAAGUUGUAUUACGAUUACUCCGGCAAGCACAGUGAAAAAAUCGUCGGUAACAGUAGAUGAUGAUGAUGAUGAUAUUAUGAUACUUGACUAG